UUCUACUCGUUUUUCUUGCCCACGUCUUGGACGGCGUCAAGGCAAGAAUAGAGAAUGCAUGGAAGAUCUGUGAUGUUGAGAGUGCCAUAAACCGGUCUUGAAUUGUAUUGCUUCUUUCAGCACAGACAGGGAUUGCCCUGGAAACCGAAAGGAUCUGAGCAACAACCAAGCAAGGUACAGGCUAGCUACUACCGAUACCGUGCUGGAUUAUGUAUUAUAGUGGCCAAGCAUCACGUCACACGUCACCACCACCACCAUAAAAUCACCAAGCGAAUAAACCAAAGCACACUCGAUUUCAACACAAUCCAAUCAACCACAACAACCAUGGUUACCUUUCAAGAGGAAAUCAUCAGCUCUACUACUACCAGCGCUUCCUUUCGCAGCAACAACAGCUACCGAAGCAAGCUUCGAUCGUCUGUGCUCCAAGGCCGACAAUCGGUAAUGGGUCGCAUGUCGAUCUUGAUGGGAAGACGACCCAGCGUCACGGCUCCUUCGGAAUUGCUAGAUUUGGACGACCUAGACUUUUCCGACUGUGACGUGCAUGACGACGGACCCAAGAAUUCGGACGAGGCGCAGGAAAUACUGAAACAACAACAAGAGGCGUCCACAGCUUCCACCUUUUUGGGAUUUACCUGGAGUUCGAGGGAUAUUAACUCCUCAUCACGCCACUUGAAAGCACCAGCUCCAGAAGAAACGACAACCAGAACUUCCACAGCCAGUGAGGACAAAGAAGGAGUAGUCGAGGACAUAGAUAGUUUCAUGAGCAGCAUGACAAAGGAAAUUGGAACCUUCUGGACCUCUCUCAUGGGAGACGACAAGAAACUGGAAGAUGACACGGAAACGGAAGAUGAAAUCUUGUUUGAAGCAAAGCAAUAG